AUGCAGCGGGGGGCUCGGCGGGGCCGGGGGCUGCUGGCGGCGGCAUGGAGGAGCCUGUGGGAGCGCAGCCCCUGGGAUGGCGGCAGCGGCAGCAGCAGCAGCGGGGGCCCGGGGGGUCUGGCCCAGCUCUCGCCGUGCUCCGGAGCCAGCGGAGGGGCAGCAGGGAGCAGGAUCCCAGGGACCAGACCCUUCUCCUUGGCCACUGCAGCCAGAGCCCUGUGGGGAGGUGGUGGUGGGCAGCAGCAGCUGACCCUGCAGGACGUGGCAGAGCUGCUGGGGCAGGAGCGGUGUCGGCGGGUGGUGGUGAUGGCAGGAGCAGGGAUCAGCACCCCCAGCGGCAUCCCGGAUUUCAGGUCCCCGGGGAGUGGUCUCUACAGUAACCUGGACCAGUAUGACAUCCCCUACCCAGAAGCCAUCUUCGAGCUGGAGUAUUUCUUCAUUAACCCAAAGCCUUUCUUCACCUUGGCCAAGGAGCUCUACCCUGGCAGUUACAGACCCAACUAUGCCCACUACUUCCUGAGGCUCCUGCACGACAAAGGGCUCCUCCUGCGCCUCUACACCCAGAACAUCGAUGGGCUGGAGCGAGCUGCUGGCAUCCCCCCUGACAGGCUGGUGGAAGCCCACGGCACCUUUGCCACUGCCACCUGUACCGUCUGCCGCAGGAACUUCCCCGGAGAGGACUUCAGGGGGGAUGUCCUGGCAGACAGGGUCCCUCGCUGUCCUGUCUGCUCUGGUGUCAUCAAACCCGACAUCAUCUUCUUCGGCGAGGAGCUCCCGCAGCGCUUCCUCCUCUACCUGACAGACUUCCCCAGGGCAGACCUGCUUUUCAUCAUUGGAACAUCCCUGGAGGUGGAGCCCUUUGCCAGCCUGGCAGGAGCUGUGGGCAGGUCUGUGCCCAGAGUCCUCCUCAACCGGGACCUGGUGGGACCCUUCUCCUGGCAGCAGCGCCACAACGACGUGGCCCAGCUCGGGGACGUGGUCAGCGGGGUGGAGAAGCUGGUGGAGCUGCUGGGAUGGAGUGAGGAGAUGCAAGUGCUGAUCCAGAAGGAAAAAGAAAAGCUGGAUGCAAAAGACAAAUAGAGGAGCAGCAGCUGGCUGCUGCUGGAGAGCAACGUCUGCCUGGGGAGGAGGUGUUGGUGUGCCCAGUGUGUGCAGGGAUCAGUGCAGGGAGCCUGGGAGAGGCCAGCAGGAGCAAAGCCAGGAAUUGGAGCAGUGGCCAGAGCUGAAGGGAGCAAAACCCAAGUUCUGAGCUGCACACUGGUUCUGCACACAAAGGCCUUCCUGUUGAGGACUCCAGAGUAGUUGAUGAAGCUCCAGGGCAUCGUUCACAAGGAGCAGACAAGGCAGGAUCACUGCUGUCUGGAGUGGGAUCUCCAGCUGCCCCCCAGGACUGAACAUCUCCCAGCCCCUCCCCAGAUAUUCCUGAAUUGCAACCUUCCAGCUCCUGCUGUUCUUGUUCAGGAACACCAGCUCAAUCUGCUGGAUGAGGUUUGAACCACUGUGGUGUUAUUUAAUAAUAAAUACAGUUCUAAUUCUG